AUGGCACAUCGAUGCACAUUUGCAAGGGCCUUGUGGCACGAACUCAAGGAGGCAUGGAACCUGCCUCCUGAGCAGGAAGUAGAAUAUACUGGAAGGGAUUGGGUCCUAAUCUUGCUAGAUAAGGUGAGUGAAGAUAUGAAACAAAAAUUUAUGCUAUUUUGGUGGCGUGUUUGGCACCAUAGAAAUGACGCGAUCUUCGCAAAAGGUAAAGCGAAAAUUUCCCACUCUGCUCGUUUUCUGCAAAACUACCUUGCAAACAUCCGCUUGAUUGCGGAGGGAACUUCUGAGAUAGAUCGAAAAGGGAAAAGUCCGAUGGUUAACUUGCCAUCAGUGCAACAACAUGAUCAUACAAAGGAAAAAGGAUGGACAAUGCCAGAGCUCGGAUGGGCUAAGGUCAAUGUUGAUGGAAGUUUUUUGGAGGAAAAUAGGAGUGGAGCCUGGGGAGCUGUGAUUCGAGAUCAUGAUGGAAGAAUUAUCUUAUCAGCUUGGGAUUAUAUACCGCGGUGCAAUGGAGCGGACUGCGCGAAAGCCAUGGCUUGCCUAGAAGGACUAAGGAUGGCAAUGUCGGGGACGAAUCUACCCUUAAUCAUCGAGACGGAUUGCAGCUCGGUGACAAAGGCGCUUAUCCUCUCGUCUAUUGAUAGAUCGGAGGUUGCAACAAUUGUAAAGGAGUUUCAAGCCAUGAAAGGGAACAGAGAAGUAAAAGUUUGCAAAGUAGAUAGAAGGGACAAUAGGUUAGCUCAUAGUCUUGCCCAGUUGGGGCGUAGAGAGUUGCGUGGUGGGGUUAUGCAAGGCUCUGUGCCAACCUGCGUGUUGAGUGAGGCCUUGCACGAUUGUACGAACUAUGUUUCUCUACUUAAUUAA